AAUUAGAGAAGGUUCAGCACAAGAAGGGAAGGGAGUUUUUAUAAUUUUUUUGUCAUUUUAUUUCGCAUAACUUUUUUAUUUAUAUCCAAUUCCGUAGACAUGCUUAUACAAGAUGAUGUCUGAUCAGUUUAGAAAAGUAGAACCAUAUUCACCAAAGUCCUCGCCCCGAGGAGCGAGGUCACCAGUUGUUUCUCGACAGGAUUCUUCUGGUACCCUCAAGACUACGAUCUCACUGGGCAAAAACCCGUCCAUAGUACAUAGUGGACCAUUCUAUUUGAUGAAAGAACCUCCAGGAGAAUGUGAAUUAACUGGAGCGACAAAUUUGAUGGCGUAUUAUGGUCUUGAGCACUCAUAUAGUAAGUUUAAUGGGAAAAAAUUAAAGGAAUCACUCUCGUCCUUUUUACCUAAUUUACCGGGCAUUGUGGACGGGCCAGGGCAGGAGGACAAUAGUACACUAGGAUCUGUGAUAGCUAAACGACCCAUUGGUGGUAAGGAACUGUUACCAUUGACAAGUGCACAACUGGCUGGCUUCAGAUUGCACCCUGGUCCUCUGCCUGAGCAAUACCGCUAUGUGAGUGCCACACCACCAAAGAAACACAAGAGUAAACAUAAAAAACAUAAGCAUAAAGAUGGUGCACCUCCCGGCCAAGAUACUCCAUUACAAGACUCUUCAAAUCCAGACACAUAUGAGAAGAAGCACAAAAAGCAGAAGAGGCAUGAUGAUGACAAAGAAAGGAAGAAACGUAAAAAAGAAAAGAAAAGGAAAAAGCAAAAGCACAGCCCCGAGCAUGGUGGGCUCACACCACACCAGCAUCCCAUGCCUUAGAGAUACACUGCUAUGUGAUGGAUAUCCGACAGUUUAUCACUUAUACAAUGAUAUAGAAAACCGAUAUAAAGUAUAUAAAAUGUUCAAAUUUUCUGCUGAUGUGUUGUCAUGGGUAUUUUUACAAAUAUAGCAUGGAAAUUUGAAGAAAACAUAAAUUUCCAUCAUUUAAAUUGUUCAUCUAAUUGUAAUAUUGAGAUAUGUAGAAGGACCAGUCAUAUUUGAUUAUAAUUUAAGGAACACAUAGAUAGAUUACUGCUAUACCACACAGUUUUCUUGUUUGACACUUAUGGUUUUUAUAUCAUUGUGUAAUAUAUUAUAUUUUUUAAACCUUCUCUAUAUUUUAAUUCAUACAUCUUUAUUCUAGAACUCGGUUUCUCUUUUCAGUCUUGAAAAACUAAUUAUCCAAAGACCGCCUUUAAUUCUUUCAUAUGAAUUAAAUAGAAAAUGUAUUGAAUAAGGGCACCUAGAAAUUUUUUGACAAUUAAUGAAGUUGUUAAAAAAUCUCUCCGGCCUACAUCUCUUUAAUUUUUAAGAGUAUUGUUUCCUUUUUUAUUCAUCUAGCAAUGGUUUGUUAAAGUUAUUUAUGAAGUAACAUUGUAAGAGUAAAGAUAAUUGUUAGUGCAAGUAUAGUUAGUGAUAGAUUUUAGUUUUUAUAUCUGAAUAGUGAAUAAAUGUCUACAGAGCUCAAACUAUGAUUAAUCAAAGUACAUUGAAAAAUUAUUGUGAACUGGCUUUUGAUGAAGACAAAAAAAAAAUCAAUUUUAAGAGAAGUUCAGUGACACAUGAACUGAAGAAAUCUUAUAUAUAAAAUUCUCGUGUCACAAUGUUAGUCUCUAUACUCCUCCGAAACGGCUUGACCGAUUCCUCUGAAAUUUGGUAAGCAUAUUGGGUAGGUCUGAGAAUCGGCUAACAUCUAUUUUUCAUACCACUAAACGAUAAGAGUAAGGCAGAACAGCGUUUGCCGGGUGCAGCUAGUAUAUGUAUAAAUAUAUAUUUCCCUCCAUUUGCCCCCUUUGUUUAGCCUAAUGUUAAAAAUUAACCAUCAAACUAGAGAUUGAUCUAUAUUGGCCGCAAGCUUGCAUGUCGCGAGAUUAAUGUAUUAGUUUUAUUACCUUUUCUAUCCUAUGUAGUUUUUCAUGUUUCAUAAAAUGUUACUUUUAAAAGAAGUAGUUUAAUGCUUUUAUAGAAAAAAAAAAAAAAUUGUUGAGAAUUAGUUUUCCUUUGAAAUGGCAUGGUUUUUCAUUGAACAGGUAACUUUUUUUUUCAUGUCUCGUCCCAACCAGUGUGAAAAAUAUUUUUCAUACUCAUUUAACAAUAAUAAAGUCAUUUGUAAAGUCUGUUACGUUUUAGUUUUUGAUUAAUUCCAGUUUGAGCUUUAACUAUUUGUAAUACAAUUCAACCAAUUUAAGUUAUUGAGUUAUCAUUAACACUGUAAGACCUCUAGAUUACGAUUUCUCCGCGAAAAGACGUUGAUUUAACUUUCUAUAGCGGGGCCACGGUGGAUCUAUACUAUCUUAUUGCAAUGUCCCUCAAUUCUUCCCUUAUCUCAUUGUAUGGAGCAAUAUAAAUAGCAUGAUUAUAAUUUAUAAAUAUUGCAAGAAAUAACUCUUAUGCUACUUUUCGAUAUAUCGAAGUGGCAGACAGUUUUGCCACCUUGUCUUUAAAAUUAAAAAAAAAUGUAUGAUCACGAAUUAUAUAGUCGCGAGUUACACCAGAAUGCUAAAAAGUGCAAGUUUUUUUUUUGGUUCAAUUAUAAUUCUGCAAUAUAAAUACUCCGAGACCGACAUUUUGACUGAAUGAAGAACUUCAGUUGUCAAUCAGAACGCACAGUUCGUAAUAAUCCCUCCCCUUGUAUGGUGUAAAAUCAUAAAAUCGGUCCUAUUUCGAGAUAAUUGUUAAAAAUAUGAAUUUGGCCUAUAUUUCCCUUUUGUUGCUGAGUUCAAAGAGGGUUCAAUCAUCAGAACAGUGUUAGAUUCUACACAAAAUAGGCUAAGGUGGCAACACUGGUGACAGAUGUAUUCAUAAACUAGGGGAUUGGUGUAGAUACAAUUUGGCCUACUUGCAUAAAAAUUGUCAACAUUAAAAAAAAAAAUCAUGUGUUGAACUCCAUUACACAAGUCUGUAUUUAUUUGAUGUUAUGUAUGAUUAUAAUAAUAAUAAUAAGCGAAUUUGAAAACUA